UCAUUAUUAAAUCCUUUUUAAUAAAUAAGUUUAAUGUUAUGUAUCAUACAUAACAUUUGAUAAAUUUGCCAAUGAGCUUAAAAUAUAAAUAUUUGCGUCCAGUAUUAUACAGGGGAGGUAAUCCGUUCAUGUCAACAAAAUGGACUCCAAAAACGCAAUGAAAACUUGGGAGAUGAGCAAUAAUAUGGAAACAAUAAGUACUGUCGAUGAAAUAUAUCGUUACGAUAAGAAACAGCAACAAGAUAUCUUGACUGCCAGACCAUGGGAUAAAGAUCCUCAUUACUUCAAGCACAUCAAAGUUUCAGCUCUAGCCCUGUUAAAGAUGGUAAUGCAUGCAAGGUCUGGAGGUAAUCUGGAAGUCAUGGGAUUGCUACUUGGCAAGGUUGAUGGUAACACCAUGAUUGUCAUGGACUGUUUUGCACUUCCUGUGGAGGGAACAGAGACUAGAGUCAAUGCACAGGCACAAGCAUAUGAAUAUAUGGCUGCGUAUACAGAUGCAGCAAAAUCUGUGAAAAGAUUAGAGAAUGCCAUUGGCUGGUACCACAGUCACCCUGGUUAUGGUUGCUGGUUGUCUGGUAUCGAUGUCAGCACUCAGAUGCUCAACCAGCAGUUCCAGGAACCAUUUGUAGCCAUUGUGAUUGAUCCAGUAAGGACAAUAUCAGCUGGAAAGGUAAAUAUCGGAGCAUUCCGUACGUAUCCAAAGGGUUACAAGGCUCCUGAUGAGGCCCAAUCUGAGUACCAGUCCAUUCCGUUGAGCAAGAUAGAGGACUUUGGUGUGCACUGUAAAAAUUACUACUCCUUGGAAAUGUCCUAUUUUAAGUCUGCAUUAGACAGAAAGCUGCUUGAGUCGCUAUGGAACAAGUACUGGGUGAACACACUUAGCUCCUCCAGUCUGCUCACGAACGCAGAUUACACGACAGGUCAGGUGUUUGACCUGGCAGACAAGCUGGAGCAGUCCGAGGCCCAGCUGGGGCGGGGCAGCUUCAUCAUGGGCAUGGACUCCAGUGAGAAGAAGUCAGAGGACAAACUGGCGAAGUCUACCAAAGAUGGCUGCAAGACGACCAUGGAGGCCAUCCACGGCCUGAUGUCCCAGGUGAUCAAAGACCGACUGUUCAACCAGGUCCACCUGACGCAGCUACCAGAGGCAGCAAAGUAGAUCUCCACACCACCAACAUUAUGAACUGGUCUCUCUGUUCUAUAUAGUCUUUGUGGAUGUUAAGCUUACAGUCAGUGUGAUCUAGUGUUUGCUCAGACAUGGCUGUAUGUAAUACCAUGAGGGAUCACAAAGUUUAAUUCAUAAGUACAAACUUUUGAAAAAUUCCUUGAUAAUGCUGAGUCAGCUGUUUGUGAAUGUAGAAAACAGUUACAGUAUUGCUGCAUUAGCAUGACUUGGGCUGGUUAAAUUUUGUUUCCAGUGUCACAAUGGUAUACUUUUAGCUGUACAACUUACGACAACUUUGAAAGAAUUUAUAUUUUCCAUAUUAUGAAACAUUGCUGAAUAUCAACUUUUGUUUACUACACAACCACAAGUACUUAUUGAAUAAUUAAUUUGUUAAAUGGUGUUUUAUCCUUUGAUCAUUCUAAAAAUAAAUAAUUAUAUGAUUGUUA